CUCGGCCCCUUUUCCCCUCUCAUCUCAGUGUGCGCAUACGUCACUGAAAAGCGCGCAUCGUCCCGUCAGGAUUAACUAGGUUAGGAGAGGACAUACGCUACGCGCUAAGCUUCUCUCGUGCAGCAGCACCGGUAGCUGCGUGACAGCGCGAGUGCAAGAAGGACGCAUUAAGAAGGUGGGAGAAGGAACGAGCGCGGGGAUCGGCGAACCGUCGUCCCGUUUUCGGAGCAACCGUUCAUCGAUUCGGGGAGAUUUCGCGAUGACCUUUUAUCGCUCAAGAGAGAAGAGGCACAGGUGCUUUCCCUCCGAGAUAUAUAUAAAACCGACCACACGCCGUGUAUUCCGAUUCGACGAUUAUACCCCAUGUGCGACAAUUCGAGCCUUUGAAACCGUUUUCGAAAUCGUGAAUCUGCUGGAUCCGCGACCAUGUUUAAAGAGAUGAAUAUCCUGAUAAUUGCCGAAUUCUUUAUUCUUAACCACGUGUCCUACGUGCUGAGUAGACGGUUGAAUCUCACUCAGCUGAUUAAGGAGAGUUUGGAUUCUGAACUUUACUACCAGAACACUCUACGUGACAUAUCAUCGAGAGACGUUUCUUAUUACAACGCGGAAAAUGGGGUGAACAAACUGCAAUUAGAGAGAGAUAACAGAAAUUUGAUUGCCGAAUACCGCAAUCUUUGCGAGACAAUAACGAGAAGAGUGGAAAUUACCGAUCCCGAUUAUGAGUAUCAACCGCCGCAUUAUCACGAAGUCUUCUGUAAGAGUUAUUUAUUGCUAGAUAACAAUGAACAAAUGAUGACGAGGUCUUCGCAACAGAAAUGCGUUAAUCCGAUAUUUCACUGCGUACAGAGAAGUCGGAUCCUAUCUCUAGUCAGACGUCGCUGGGAAGACGAAUGUUGGGAACCUUACACCAAGGAAAUCGCUAGCGGUUGUGACUGUAUGUGGCCGGUCACUACCUUGGGGGAGAUAAGCGAUCAUUAUUAAUUCAAUAGAAAAUUCGUAUAUUAGCAAAGUUAAAUUUUCGCUAUACAGUGCAAAGGUAUAGCGAAGACUCGUCGUUCGCAUAUAUUCGCAGCAAACAAAACCUUUCUCAAAAAUAUUUAUUUAUUGUAUUAUAAAAGUAAAUAUGUGAAUGAAAUAUAACAAAUAUCGCAUUCAAUA